AUGGAUAACGGACCAAACAGUACCAAUGAAUUAUUGGAAAGAAUGAAAAUUGUCUUGGAAAAUAUGAGCCGAAAACAAAAUGUUGAACCCAUGGAAAAUCAAGGAUUAGAAACCUUUCACAGGAACAAUCCAAAAAAAAUUAAAGGAGGAUUUAAUCCUGAAGGUUCUCAAUCAUGGAUAGCAGAAAUUGAGAAAAUUUUCAUCGCAAUGACGUGUGCGGAUGAAAAGAGUGUCACAUUUGCUACAUUUAUGCUCGUUGAAGAAGCUGAAAACUGGACAAUAUGCAGCAAGUUUGACGAGUUGUCAAAGUUUUGUCCUUACUUUCAUGAUAGAGUUGAUGAACGUUCGCCUUGUUCCAUGUUUGAAAGUGGAAUAAGACCUGAUAUUAAACAAGCAGUUGGUUAUUUAGAGAUUUCUUCCAUUCCUACUCUUGUAAAUCGUUGUAGGAUUUAUGAGGAUGAUACUAAACCAAGACAAACUCAGUGGAGGCAAGGAGGGCCUUUAAGGCACAAAAGAAAUGAUUUUAAUGAUAAGAAACCCUACCAACGUCCAUCUCAUGCUUCAUGGAACUCUUCAGGACAAAAACAUUCUUCUCUUGCCAAUAAUUCAGGCAUAACCAACCCUAUCAAAUGUUUCCACUAUGGAGGACCUCAUAUGCCAAGAAAUUGCACCACAAGAACUAUAACUUGCUUCAACUGUGGGAAAUUGGGUCAUUAUCGCAAUGAAUGUAAAGAGUUAAUUAAGGAGCAAGGAAGUGGGGGAAGCAACAACAGAGGAAAUAAUCAACUUGGAAGACCAAAGACAAUUGGAAGAGUUUUCACGAUGAAUGGUAUUGAAGCUGUUCGAUCUGAAGAUCCAAUCCAAGACGAUGGUCUUGGUGAAAAUGCUGCCAAAUCUGCCUCUAAUACCAAUGAAGACGACUCAACUACUGAAGAAGAAGAUCACACUAUGGCCAAUGCUACUGAUAAUGCUGCUGAUGCUGCGACUGAUGACAAAAACUAUUCCACUGCAUAUGACAUGUCUGACUAA